AUGUGGGAGAAGGGAAAUAAAGAAGAUAAGGAGGAACAGUUGGAUGUUGGACAGGAGACAUUCAGUGGACAGGAGAUAUUCAGUGGACAGGAGAUAUUCAGUGGACAGGAGAUAUUCAGUGGACAGGAGAUAUUCAGUGGACAGGAGAUAUUCAGUGGACAGGAGAUAUUCAGUGGACAGGAGAUAUUCAGUGGACAGGAGAUAUUCAGUGGACAGGAGACAUUCAGUGGACAGGAGAUAUUCAGUGGACAGGAGAUAUUCAGUGGACAGGAGACAUUCAGUGGACAGGAGACAUUCAGUGGACAGGAGACAUUCAGUGGACAGGAGACAUUCAGUGGACAGGAGACAUUCAGUGGACAGGAGAUAUUCAGUGGACAGGAGAUAUUCAGUGGACAGGAGAUAUUCAGUGGACAGGAGACAUUCAGUGGACAGGAGAUAUUCAGUGGACAGGAGAUAUUCAGUGGACAGGAGAUAUUCAGUGGACAGGAGACAUUCAGUGGACAGGAGACAUUCAGUGGACAGGAGACAUUCAGUGGACAGGAGAUAUUCAGUGGACAGGAGAUAUUCAGUGGACAGGAGAUAUUCAGUGGACAGGAGAUAUUCAGUGGACAGGAGAUAUUCAGUGGACAGGAGAUAUUCAGUGGACAGGAGACAUUCAGUGGACAGGAGACAUUCAGUGGACAGGAGAUAUUCAGUGGACAGGAGAUAUUCAGUGGACAGGAGAUAUUCAGUGGACAGGAGACAUUCAAUGGACAGGUAACUCCUCUCCUCACCUCUCCUUUCAUCUCAUCUCUUCGAAUUCCUCUGAUGACCAUCACUGGACAAGACGAGACUAGACGAGACGAGACAGUCGUUGUCACCACUGCCACUACUCUUAUGCAAAUCUACGUAAACAAUAACUAA